AACAAAUCGAGUAAAAAUAUCCGUGCCGUGGCCCUUAAAUUGCAAGGAAAACCGUCUUGAAAACGUGUGAAAUUAAUGUGAAUUGUGCUUCGUAUACCUUUCCUACCUUCGAUAGUUGUAGCUUUGCAAAAUGUUUGGUUUCAAUAAAAAGCCAGCGCCACCGAAGCGUGAAAGAAAACGGGAUCCUUCCGAGUUUGGAAUAUUCGGUAUGCCGGACAAUCUAGGCGGUAUUGGUGAUGAUAUGGACGAUGCCAGCGAUGACGAUGACGAUGCACUGGAGGCCGAACUGGCUGCUAUUGCGGCCGGCAGUGCGGGAGCACGUAAAGCGAGACCGAAACCAAAGGGCAAAGGAAUUGUGGCACCACAGGAGCUGGAUGCGAUGGUGGCAGCGAGUCUGCGAGAUAUCGGAAGCGACGAUGAGGAUGGUGAUGACGAUGAGGAUGAUUCAGAUUUACUCAAUGAGCUUACCACUAUCACCGGCGGUGUUUCGCUGGACGAUGGCGACGAGGACGACGACGACGAUGGAGAUGAAACGCCACCAGCAAGCAGCGCACCCAGUGGAAGUGGGCUUGUUUCGUUGAUAAAGUCACGAAUCACUAUGUACACACAGGCGGAAGAAAACGCUAAGAAAACGGGAGAUUCUAGCAAAGCAAGACGAUUCAAUCGUGGUCUGAAGACGCUGAAAGAUCAGCUUCGGCUCGCCGAAGCAGGCAAACCUGUUGCAGAGGCGGAUAUACCACCGGAGGUUAGUGUUAAAAUCGCGACUGCACCUGCUGCAGAUGAUACACAGAAACCGGCAACUGCGCCAGUUCGGCCAGCCCCACCGCCUCCAGUGAAAUCACCAAAGCCUGAACCGGAACCGGCAGAUGUCGAUGCAGCAGGACCGUCAAAGUCACCACCACCGGUUCCUGUGCGACGCCAAGCGAAACCUCCUCAAAUACCAGCACCGGUACUGGUGGAAACGAGCCCAACGGUGGACAAUCCUAAAUUGCAAAUGCUGAACGAACGCAAGUUGCAAUACAAACAAGCCGCGGUGAUGGCCAAGAAAGCAGGAGAUAAUGUAAAGGCGUUGGCUUAUGUAAAGGUGCUGAAACAAUUCGAUCUCGUUCUAGCUGCCCUGGAGAAAGGCGAAGAAGUUGAUCUAAGCCGGAUGCCACCGCCACCGGCGGAGCUUUCGGUUGCUGAAACUAGCCAACCAACUGUGCCUUCCACGAGCAAACCGAAAGAGGAAGAGAAGCUACAGCAAGAUGCCGAAGUGCCUUCCCCAUCCACUCCAAUGGCAUCGGCGUCUGAGCAGCCGGCCGAAGAUGAGGAUGAGGGCGAGGAAAAUUUAAUUCAAGCCAGUACGGUACUUGAGGCACUCGAGCAGAGAUUGGAUAAAUACAAAUCCGUCGAGCAAGCAGCGAAAGAUGAAGGCAAUAGCUCGAAGGCACGUCGGAUGGGACGUAUUGUGAAGCAGUAUCAGGAUGCCAUCAAGCUACACAAGGCCGGGAAACCGAUCCCAGUCGACGAACUGCCCACACCGCCCGGAUAUGGACCCAUUCCGGUCGAUGGUCCUCCAAAACCGGCUCCCGUUAAACCAGCAGCACCGAAACCUGCGCAACCAAUUGCACCGCAACCGGCACCAGUGUCCCAGCCUGUACCGGGAACUAGCAAGGCAUCUCCUAAACCGCCUGUAACCCAAUUCGAUAAACAGUUGGCGCUGCUGCUCGAACGGCAACAACAGUAUCGACAAGCGGCGGUGGAAGCAAAGAAAGCCGGUGAACUGGACGAAGCAAAAGAAUUUCUACGCGUCUUUAAGGGUCUGGAGAAAAUGGUAGAGAUAGCCCGUGCAGGGGGACGUGUCGAUUUGAGUACGAUUCCGAUUGCACCGGCCAAGCGACAGGCACUGGAAGCUUCGUUUACGAUCGUUAGUACGGAUGAUUGUGAACAGGCUACCGAAGAGCCUGCUGCUGCUGCUGCUGCUGGAUCUGACGCACAGGACGCAGAUAGUGAAACGCGAAUUCGGCUGGAAGAGCAAUUGUCCAAGCAGCUAAUAAUGUGUCGCAAUACGCGUGACCAUCACCGAGCUAUCGGGGACGUCGCCGGGAUGAAUAAGUUCGAAAAUCUCGCACUUAAUGUGCAGAAAGAUCUGGAUUUGGUACGGCUGGGCCAUAGGCGCGGUUUGCCACUGCCAAAGUUCCACUACGAAAAGCUGCAGUUCAAUGUGGUGAAGUGUAAUACUGAUUUGUCGGAUAACGAAAUUGAAAUCACGAUAGUGCGCGGUAUCAACUAUAAUGUGGCGAAUCCCAAGGACGUCGAUACAUAUGUGAAAUUUGAAUUUCCCUAUCCCCCAGAAGAUCCGAUGAAGGGACGUACCAACAUUGUCAAGGACACUCAUAGCCCCGAGUACAACUAUCAGCAGACGAUCGAGCUUCAGCGCAGCCAGAGGAACUGCCAGCGAAUAUUCAAGCGCCAUGCUUUGAAGUGUGAAGUCUACUCAAAAGGCCAUUGCUGCAGCCAGGGUGCAUCAAAUGGACUUUUCUCCUGUUUCAGUGGCUUCCUUCGGUCGGACGCGCUGAUUGGUACGGUCGCGGUUAAGCUGCAACCACUCGAGACACAAAUCGAGCUUCACGACUCAUUUCCGCUAAUGGAUGGGCGGCGUACGGUCGGUGGUAAGCUGGAGGUCAAAAUACGUGUUCGUAAUCCCAUUCUAACGAAGCAGAUCGAGCAGAUUAACGAACGCUGGGUGGUGUUCGAUUCGUAGACACUUCAGAUGAUGAUGCAAACACCGAAGCGGUUCGGCCUUCUCUUCACGCUCUUUACGGCGCUCCGUCGUACCGUGGAAUGUGAUAUUUCCGAACACCGCUAUGUCGCUUCCCCUGGAGGGCGGUGCUGGAACAAAGAACUCACCCCCUGUGCUGGGGAUGCAAAUCAUGGAGAGGAUUUAAUGAUUGAAGUGAUUCGUCCGCCAUAUCGCUAUCGGAUUGGUUUUGAAAGGGACAUAUAGUUACUGUACUGUUGUGACUGGCAGCGAAAACACUGUAACUGACACGCUUAAAGUUAUUUGUUAGAUGGUUAGGUUACUACUCUAUGUGAAAGCGGAACUUCCAAGAAGAAAUCAUCAAUCCGUCAGUGGCAGUUGAGGAAAUUUAAAGAAGUCUCAUUGAACUCGUACUCCCGCAACACGCAAGAGUGAAUGGUAAACGCUUUUAUAUCGUUUUGUUUAACCAUUUCGUUUUGAUGGAGAAAUGGUGUUAAAACAUGGAAUAAAAUUGUGUUGUAAACCGAAAUAUCAAACCGUC